UGUUGGUCCUGUCAGCUUUUGCCCGGCCAGUGCGACGAAGCGGCCUCUCAUGCCAUCCUGGAUCGCUACGUGGAGCUGGGAGGGAACUUCAUCGAUACUGCAGACGUGUAUGGAGAAGGCAGGUCGGAAGAAAUCAUAGGAAGCUGGUUGGAAAAGCAGCAGCGAGAGAAGUUUGCGGUGGCCACUAAAGUUCGCUUCGGCAAGGGCAUUAACGGGGUAGGACUAAGCCGCCAUCACAUCAUGCAGUCCAUAGACGACAGUCUGCGCAGGCUCCGUACGGACUAUGUGGACCUGUACCAGAUCCAUAUGUGGGACGAGGCUACCCCCAUCGAAGAGACCCUGUCGGCUCUGAAUGACCUGGUGCGCGCAGGGAAGGUGCGCUACCUGGGCGCCAGUAACGUCAAAGGCUGGCAGCUGCAGAAGAUUGUUGAGCUGAGCAAAUCCAUGGGACUCAACAAGUGGAUAUCUCUUCAGGCGGAGUACAGCCUGUUGUGCCGUGGGAUAGAGUGGGAGCUGACUGACGUCUGCAGGCGGGAGGGUAUCGGGAUCAUCCCGUGGAGUCCGCUCAGAGGAGGCCUGCUGACUGGGAAGUUCAAAAGAGAAGCCGAUGCGCCAGAGGGAACCAGAAUCGAGCACGUCACAAAGAAGGGAAUGGUUUUCGAGGGGGUCCCGGAUUUCAAGAAGGUCAAGAAAGAUGACAAGACAUGGGACAUCCUUGAUGUCCUGAAGAAGGUUGCUGAUGCACACGGUAAAACCCCGGCGCAGGUUGCAAUCCGCUGGCUACUACAGAAGGACGUGGUGUCGUCUGUCAUCAUUGGCGCGAAAACUCUUCAGCAGCUGGAGGACAACAUGGGCGCCUCCACUGACUGGGAGAUCACGGAGGAAACAAUGGCAGAGCUCGACACAACCAAGAGUUUCACCGUGCCGUCUUCUCUCCUCACUAGUAAGGUGUCCAGAAAGGGUAGAGUGCCCUGA